AUGCCCGGCCGCCCCGACGACUAUGAGGUGCUGCUCACCAUCGGCGCCGGCUCCUACGGCAAGUGCCGCAAGGUGCGCCGCAAGGCCGACGGCAAGAUCUUGGUGUGGAAGGAGCUUGACUAUGGCUCGAUGACAGAGGGGGAGAAACAAAUGCUUGUUUCGGAAGUGAAUUUGCUUCGCGAGCUGAGGCAUCCGAAUAUCGUCCGGUAUUACGAUCGGAUCAUCGACAGAAGCAGCACAACCCUGUACAUCGUGAUGGAGUACUGCGAUGGGGGUGACCUGGCUAGCUUAAUUGCACGGUGCACAAGAGAAAGACAUUACUUGGAAGAAAGCUUUGUUCUCCGAGUGUUGACUCAAUUGACAUUGGCCUUGAAGGAAUGUCACAGACGGAGUGAUGGUGGAGUCACUGUGCAUCGUGACCUAAAACCAGCAAAUGUCUUUCUAGAUAGCAAGCAGAAUGUGAAACUUGGAGAUUUUGGACUGGCUAGAAUACUGCACCAUGACACCAGCUUUGCCAAAACAUUUGUUGGAACUCCAUAUUAUAUGUCUCCAGAACAAAUGAACCACAUGUCAUACAAUGAAAAAUCUGACAUCUGGUCUCUAGGAUGUCUCCUGUAUGAAUUAUGCGCUCUCUCGCCUCCAUUUAGAGCUUACAACCAAAAAGAAUUGGCAGAAAAGAUAAGGGAAGGGAAGUUCAGACGAAUACCAUAUCGUUACUCAGAGCAGUUGAAUGAACUUCUCAAAGAGAUGCUGAAUGUAAAGGAUUAUUGUCGACCUUCUGUUGAAGAUAUUCUGCAGCACCCCUUGAUAGCAGACUUGGUUACAGAAGAACAAAGACAAAAUUCUGAUAAAAGAGGCUGGAGAUCAUGGGAGCCAGAAAGGUUGCAGCAUUCAGAUGCUGCAGUGAAUGAACUGAAACGGAAGGAACAACAAUUACAGGAGCGAGAACAAGCCAUUAAGGAGCGAGAGCAACGUUUGGAGCAGAGAGAACGGGAACUCUGUGUUCGAGAGAGACUGGCAGAAGACAAACUUGCUAGAGCUGAAAACUUGAUGAGGAACUACAAUCUCUACAAACAGCAGAGGACAUUAGCUUGUGCAGAUGGUCCAGAUAACAGACUCCUGCCCACCUUUUCUACAACGAAGAAGAAAGUACACUUUGAUGGAAGUGAAGAGAAUGCUGUGCCUCCUGUUAAUUUGGAGAACUAUCCCCUUUCCAAAGGGAAAUGCUCUGAUCUCAAAAAACGUCUAUAUGCUGCAAAUCUACGGGCUCAAGCACUGUCUGAACUGGAAAAAAACUAUCAACUAAAGAGCAGACAAAUCUUGGGCAUGCGCUGAAACUGUAACAUUGAUGUACAGUAUUUAACUUUUUAGAGUUGAUUAAAUGUAUAGGAAGAUACUUGUGCCUCCCGCUUUUAAGCUGGAACCUACUGAAAAUAUAUUUUGACAGUCGUUAUACAAACUCUUAGUCUACGAUAAGUAGUCCAUGAUAAGGACGUAAG